GCUACGCGACGAUGUGUCACACUCGUCAAUUUCCCGCCUUUCUCCGCUUUUCUGUGUCACCGAAGUAAUCGGCAGUAUCAAGGUUGGACUGCUGCUGCAUGCCCACCACCGAGAGCUAGACACGCUCUUCCCGUAGCACUAGUUCUCUGCGUUUCUGAUUGUUGUGUCCCUCUGCUUUUGAUUGAGCUACAAUCACGAUGCUCCUGUGUGUUCCCGCAGGCAAGGAGGCUGACUUCUCUGCGUAUUUUUUCGUACUUUAACAUCUUUUUGCGACUUUUUACACACGAGGAACUGCCGCCAUCGCGGACUGUCUUGACGAAAGAUUGAGUAACGUGUCAACGCGCGCACAGGAAAUGAAAGCAAAGAUGUCACACGAAGCACUGACUGAGACCGCACGCAAAAGGAGAAAAGAGGACACCAUGGCGAAUGGGAAAGAAGGUUCCAACAGCGGAAACAGUCCCAGCAGCAUACCAGCUGAGGCCAUUGCAGAUAAGGGGAUCGUCAGACAAGCAAUCAAGUCGUACAACAACCAGGAUUGGUUGCAUAGUCGCUCUGCCCGUGAAGUACGGAUUCUCUGCGAGUACCUCGAGGUCGAAGAUCGGCUUCGCAUGCAGAAAGUCCUCGGCACAUUUCUGCUGUUCGGCUCUGCACGAUCCAGGAGUCCUGAGCAGUGGCAAAAACUCAUGUCGGAGGCGCAGGAACGUUUGAAAGACCCAUCUACCGCUGCACAGGCGGAAGAAGACGUUCAGCGGUUGAAGAAGAUUGAGUGGAUGUGCCCUUACUGGCAAAAGAUCAAAAACCUUUCAGGCAUGCUGAUGCAGUGGAUUCAAACUGAGGAGGCGAGACAGGCCGUAGCGCGUCUUCUCCGUGAAAUCCCAGCUCCUGUAGGAGGAAGCGGACACCAAUACAGCGCAGGGGAUGUUGCAGCGGUGACUGACCUGUCUGAGCCUUGCCCUGUGGCUAUCUGCACGGGUGGCGGCCCAGGCAUGAUGGAAGCCGGAAACAGUGGGGCAGCGUCUGUGGCAGGCGGGCGCAGCAUGGGCAUGGGCAUUUCUCUUCCCUUCGAGGCCGGCUUGAACCCAUUCGUGGAUGAAGGCCUGGCCUUUGAAUUCCAUUACUUCUUCACGCGCAAAUUCUGGAUGGUCUACUCCGCGCUGGGCGUCAUCGUCGCUCCAGGGGGUGUAGGUACACUUGACGAGCUCAUGGAGGUCUUGACGCUCAAACAGAGCGGCAAAAUGAAGCGAGACAUACCCAUCGUUCUCUUUGGGAAACAGUUCUGGAAAGACAUCAUCUGCUUCGAUAAGUUGGUGGAGUACGGCGUCGUGAGUGAGAAGGACCGCGACCAGCUGUUUUACACGGACGACGAAAACGAGGCGUUUGAGUAUCUGAAACAGUUUUUGCUCAACGACAAGCUCGUCCUCGGAGACCAAUACGUCCACAAAUCUCUCAGGCAUGCGGCCCCAGGUAGCCGUGGAUCGACGUCGCAGAGUGCGUCACCCGCAGGCGUCAUUCAAGGCAGAGGCGCCGACUACACAGAAUCCAUUUAGACGAGCACGUGAAGAAAACUCAAUUUGAUACUUUUGACCAUGCCGAUAGUACAGUGGGGACACUGUCCAGUUCUCCAGAUCCGCUUGCAGAUGUAAAGAGUAAAACCAGAAGACAUCGUUCUCCAGACCACUGGCGAGGCAUGUGCUCUUGUCAACUUUUUCCCGUUUGAGUCACGGGCGGAGCCUCGAAAUUCUUCGCGGAUGAAUGCCUAGCAGCUGUUCGAAUAAACACGAAACGAUUUUGAUGUAAAUAUGUGCACAUUGGUAUAUCCGGAUUCACGUUUAUGUGUGCGGGCUCCUCAUGCCUACGGUGUUUAUCCAUUUCGUGACACGUAGAGAGGUGCCAAAACAAGUGUGUGCAAACCCGUGCUGGUGACGGGCACAUGCGUUCGCCGUUCCCACACGACCUGUCUGGAGCUUCACCUUUUGUCCAUGAGAUUGUAAAUACGGAAGGGUAAGUAUAUAAAGCCGCGUGUGCUGUGCCCAAAAGUUCCAUGUACGAAUGAACUAUUUUUGAGCACUAGCGCGUUGUACCCUUGUAUGUAACAAGCGUGCGCGUGAGCCAUGUCUACACAAGAAUUGUGGCUGCGGAACUGUUAAAAACCGAGUGGAUUGUAGAGUCGAAUUUAAGAAAUUUACAGUGCCGGGGUAUUUCCGUGCAAGUUUUCCCUUCAAAGAGGAGCGAAGGGACAAGGCUUGCUACGCCGCAUAGAUGCAUUCUGCGCUUCUUGCCCGCGUUGACCCGACUGCGUCAGAUAUUCAGACAACAGGCAGAUAUGUACACCGGAGCGUAUCUCCAUGCGCAUAUGCAGGGCUUCCACACACGCCUCCUCGGUCGUGUUCCUGCAGGCACGUGCACUGAUAGAUACCGACACGGCCGUGGGUGGAAAAUUUUCCUGCCUUCGGAAAUUCACGACUGCACACCUGUCGAGGUGCUAGAUCGGAAAAUGAAGAUGGCCGUCG